GCCUAAAGGAGUGUGGAAGGCGGCUGGCUGCUUGCGGUCUCUUCCGUCUCCGACUCCGAGCGAGCGAUCAGCCGUGGGGGAGGGGGAUCCGCCGAAGCGCGCGAGAAUGCAGGGCGGAUCCAGCGGCAUCGUCUACGGCGGCCUCAAGUACCAGGCGCGGUGCAUCGCGGACGUGCGCGCGGACGCCGGCUCCACCACCUUCCUCGCCGGGACCCUCAGUCUCAAGGAGGAGAACGAGGUGCACCUGAUCCGGCUGUCGCCGGCGGAGAGCGAGCUGGUGUGCGACGGUCUCUUCUACCACCCCAACGAGAUCUGGGACCUCAAAUCGUGCCCCUUCGAUCACAGGGUCUUCUCCACCGUCUACACCUCUGGUGAGGGUUAUGGCGCUGCUGUCUGGAAGAUCCCAGAGCAGCAUGGGCAGUCAAACUCGCCGCAGCUUGAGCAGCUCUUCGAGCUCACUGGGCAUACGGGCAAGAUCAGACGUGUGCUCUGGUGGCCAGUUGGAAAGCAUGAUAAGCUAAUUAGCAUUGAUGACAGAAAUAUUUUUCUUUGGAACAUAGACACGUCAAAUAAAUCAGCUAAGGUGAUAUCACAGGGGUCAGCUGACAUGCUUCCAAAUUUACGUGGUGGAGCUUGGGAUCCACACAAUCACAAUUCAAUUGCUGCAAUAUCUGAUUCAUCACUUAACUUAUGGGAUCUCCGCUCUAUGGACAAAUCAACUGCAAUUGAACAUGCACAUAUACGGGAUGUGGAUUAUAACCCCAAGAAGCAAAACAUAAUUGCAACAGCAGAAGAUGAAUUUGGAAUUCGCUUGUGGGAUCUCAGAAUGCUGAAACAUCCUCUGAAAGAUCUCCCUGGACACUCGCAUUGGACAUGGACUGUUCGGCACAAUCUUGAGUAUGACGAGCUGCUUCUGAGUGCUGGAACAGAUUCAACCGUAAAUUUAUGGUUGGCUCAAGUUAGCAGCAAUGAUUCUGGACCUGACAGCCCUGGUUCAACGAAGAGGCAAGAAGAAUCAUUACUCAAUUCAUAUACUGACUAUGAAGAUAGCAUCUAUGGUAUUGCAUGGAGCUCCCAUGACCCAUCAUUAUUCGCUUCUUUGUCUUACGAUGGAAGGGUUGUUUUGGAAUCAGUCAAGCCCUACUUGCAGAGAAAAUGAAGCUUGCCGGUCCUCUUCUGCAUUGUAAAAACUGGCUCCUCCUUAUAUCAUCCUUAUGAUUAAAAUUACCUCGUGAUCUAAUAAACUGUUUUUCCCCUGGCAAACUUGUUUGUUGUUUGUAUAAUUGGUGCUGCACGGAGCUUUGCCUUGCCAUUCUGUGCGCUGUUAACAAGCAUUGAUGUGAUGAUCCAUUUGUAUUGACUGCAGCAACGCUGGUACAAUUGAUAGCCAAGAAUGUUGCAGAAAUCAUCUUGGCUGAUAUCUGUUCUCUCCCUCUCGGGUGAUGCAAGCAGUGGUUGCAAAAAUGUCUGAUGUAGCUUCAGUUGGAAAGAGUACAGCAUGGUCUUGAUUAUCAGCAUUUCUUUCGUGUAUCUUCAAGUUUUGUCCUGGGAUUUCCUUUUCAGUUGCUAGAAACUUGGCUGUGAAGAUCUGAUCAGUUACGUUAGUAAUGAUUUUCAGUUUGCCAGAAUGUUGAUUCUUUGGAUUUUGUAUAUUUGAAAAAAAGCCCAUUAUAGGAAUGCUGCUUUAUGCAAUGAAGUAGAGGUGAACUGACUUUGUAAAAUCAUUGAGAUGAACAGAGUCAGCUAUUCUAUUAACUCUUC